AUGGGCAACCCAAUGACCGACGAAGAAUUAUUACGUAUGAUGGAAAAUUCAGAUGAUGAUUUCGGCUUAAGUUCUGGUACUGAUUUAGGGGAAGGGGAUUCUGGUGAUGAUGAUGCUGAUCCAGAAUGGUUACUUCCAAUAGUACAACCCGAAGAGGAUAAUGAGAUUAUAUCAGCUGUACCUAUUACUUCUACAUCGGGAUUGAAGGUUUUUCCACAAGGAAAUGAGCCGAUUGAUUAUUUUAAUCUAUUAUUCGACGACAGACUUUUCGAGUUGAUAGUUAAUGAAACCAAUAAAAAUGCAGUUCAAGUUUUUUUAUCUGGAUCUGGAGGUUCAUCAUCUCGAAUUACAGCGUGGAAAGAUACAAAUAUACAAGAAAUGAAACUGUUUAUAGGUUUACUGUUUCAUACGGGAUCUAUACGACUCAAUCGGUUGGAAGAUUAUUGGAAGACAAAAUCUGGUGGGUUGGUUCAUAGAAUUAUGGUAUACUCAGGACAAGGGCAAGACACGUCGAAUGACUUUACUCAUACAGAAUAUGUUGUUGUAAAAUUAAUGGAAGGCCUUAUUGAUUGUGGCAGAUCAUUGCACAUGGACAACUAUUACAAUAGCGUGAAACUAGCUCAUAAUACACUUCUAGGAGAAAGUAUUGGAAAGUAUACAAAGGAAGGCGUAUGUGUAAUGAAAUGGCGAGACAGACGAGAAGUUUUAGCAAUAAGCUCUGAGCACACAAAUGAUUUAGUUGAAGUAACCAACAGAAGAGGUGAACAAAAAUUGAAACCGAUGGCAAUUUCUAUGUACAAUAAAUAUAUGUCAGGAAUUGAUAGACAAGACCAGAUGUUAUCAUACUAUUCAUGCGAGAGGAAAACAAUAAGAAAACGUAAAAAAUGUAGUCUGUAUGAUUUUAGACUUUCUGUAAUUACAGCAUUAGUAAAAAGUCAAAUAAACACAAAUAUUCCUCCUGCACUUCCACCAAAAAAAACAAACUCGCACUUUCCUACAAAAGUUGCAAAAAACGAAAAAAAAAAUUUUUAUAGAAAAAGAUGCAAGCUGUGCCAUUCAAAAGGCAUACGAAAAACAACAUUUUACUGUUCCAGUUGUGAAGGUCAACCUGGUUUAUGCAUUGAAAACUGUUUUGAAAUUUAUCACGCAUAA